UCAUGGAUAAUUUAAAGAAAGCACAAAAACUUAUGUAAGUUUAGCAGGUAUACUUAGAAAAUUUGGAUAAAUAACAAAAGACGACAUUGUAAUUGGCAAAGAUGAAGUUGAUAGAAAAUUUUUGACUCCAUGUGGUCCUGUUUAUACAGAGUAUCACGACUGCUUGAAAUAAAAUUAUGGAGACGUUAUCAUCUGUAUAACAGCAUUUAAUUAAAUUAGGUGAUAAAUUUAGAGAGAAGAUGAUUGAAUGUGAAGUAAGUCAAGGAUUUUUCAAAUAUGAUGUUUCUGAAAUAAGAAGAAGAAGAUAAAAACUCCAUGGUAGUGAAGCUUGAU